AUGGUGGAGCAAGGCCCUCCGGAGGAGAUUGAUCCCAUAUGGACGUCCAGCAGGACGGCCCGCCAGAUAUAUGCGCUCGGAGAGGUAGAGAAGGACAUAACGCGCCUGCUGUCCCUCGCCGCGUCCUCCAUCGCGCUCCUCUCCCUCCCGCAGACGGACGGCCCAGAGGACGCAGACCUGCCCAAGGGCGCCGAACGCUCCGAGAAGUUCGUCGACGUCGCAAACGAGUACUUCGAACGCCUCGACGGCAUCCAAUACGCCAUCCGCUCCUCGCUCGCCCACAUCCGUCACUCCCGCGUCGCGCCCUCCGCGAUCGACGCCCCGCCGCCCGGCUUCGUGCCCCCCGCGCUCGGCGUCGGGCUCCCCGCCGCGGACGGUUCCACCGCGGCGCGCGCCCGCGGCGACCGCGGCCUGCAGGAGGAGCGCGUCGAGCGCGACGCCUGGGUGGGCAUCCUCGGCGCCCUCACGCGCGUGAAGGCCGCUCGGGAUGCGGAGGCGGCGGCGGCGGGGAGCGCGAUGCAGUCGUAG